UCCGCUGGUGCAGCCACUCGAUCAGCACAGAGCACGUUGCUGAAGUACAUUCCAUUGUGUGACGCCUUUCUCUUUCAGAGGAAGAAAACAAAUCUGCUCUCCAAGUCAGAAAGAGAGGCGGAGGCUGCCAACUGGGGCUCUUACAUUAGCUUUCUGAAAAGAUUUAUGUGACACCCUACGAGCGCGGUGCGUUGUUGUGUCUUUAUUAGGAAAGAACAGGUGUAAGCUGAGAGCGGAGGUGAGUCUGUUGCAGCAGGGUGGGAGCCUGCGGUGUCGAGGGAAGCUUUUGCUGAAGAUGGGCGGCUAACGAUUGGAUCUGACAGGUGAUUCAAUAGCCCUGUCUCGGAUACAGCCCUGUCCCGUCAGCUGCGUAUAGAAAACCUCUGCGUGUGUAACGGAUGCUUCUCCUCCUCCCUCGGAUCAGAGUUUUCCGAAGAGCGUGCGGUCAGUCCCGGAGGGAAGGUGCCAUCUGCAGACCCCAGGAAGGGGACGUGUGAAGACGGAGGAUGGCGGGCUUUUGGGUGGCUCAGGGUCCGGACCUUCCCUGGAUUUUGGAGCACAGAGCUGCGGAGCCUGUGAGUGGCAGUGAUCGUGCUGCGCCGUCAGCGAUCAGCAAGCACGGCUCCUUGUGGGGAAGAUCUGCUCUCCUGCCCGGGCAGACAGGGCUCUCUCCUCGGGGAACGGACUGGUCGGAUUGCUCGGAAAACACGCUGCUUCCGCCCAGAGUUUCCCGGGGGGAGGGGGGAGACGUCCCGCCAGGAGUCCAGCGGAGUCGCGGAGAUGGACGGGUUCGCUCUUUCGCCCUGGAGCGGAGCCGUGGGCGCCGGAGUUACCGGGAGGAGGCUGUAAAUAACAUGCCUUGGGAAGGAUGUCAAUGGCGCCCUUUCUGCCAGCCACUAAUGCACCUCUCCACCCCCACACACACACACAGCGCCAGGACGGCCCAGUCAGCCCUUUCCAAGAGAGCGGCCGGCUCUGACAGGGAGCCCCAGCCCAUAGCUGUCCGUCAGCUCCGGUCCGUCGUGCGGUACCGCGCGGCAGCCUCGCGGGGAGCUCCGCCCCGGACGCCAAGAGCGCCGUCGGCCCCGGCGGCAGAUCCUCGCGGCUGUUUCCCUCCUCCGGGUGGAGUGAGCGAGAGGGGGGGGCAGGGUGGGGGUGUGGCCAACGUGGAGAGGGGCGGAGUCUGUGGGCGGGGCAUAGGUAAGGCACAAAGGUACAGGGCAGGUGGGCGGGUACAGGAAGGAGGGGUAGGUGGGGACAGUAGAGAGGGGUAGGUAGGGGUAGGGCCCGUUAUUGGGGUGCAGACAGUAGAGGGGUAGGUUGGUGGGGAUGGUGGUAGGGCUGAGUAGAGGUAAAGCAGAUAUAGGGGGGACAGUGGUGGGGGUGGUAGGGAGAGGCAAUAACACAAGAGCAAAAGGAGAAGGAGGCAGUGUGAGAAAACAAGAGAACCAAGGAGAGGCUGAAAGGGUUUAGGGUUAGAGGUGGCAAGACAGGGGACAGAAGACCUCGAUUUAUAGAGUUAUAAGCUUCCUCCCUCUCUGAGUUAUGGCCCGAGUGAGUGAUCCAGUAAAUGAAGCCUCUUGGAUGGUACAAGCCUGGGAACAAAGGCUGGUUUUCCCCCUCCCGCACAACGAACCCUUUGUGACUCGGAGAGAUCUGCACUCUGCUGCACUCUUCUCUGAACACAUCUGCACACUGCUGACUGUGUGCAAGGACCAAAUGUCAAGUGCAUCCCCUUCACUGCUGCUGCCUCCUGAGACCAGCCCUGGAUGGGCUGGGAAGAGCCUUGGCAGUCCCAUUAAGGGGUGAUGGGGGUGUAAUUGGUUUGGGUGGCGGGGGGGAAGGUUUUGUCAUUGAUCCUCUCCAGCCCUGAGGGCGCAGCUGCGAUUCCGGGACAGCCAUUAACGCCGGGGACCUUUGAUGGCCCUGAGAUACAACAGCCUGGCUUUAAAGUCAAUAGGGCUACAGAGGGAAUUAGUGCUGGUAUGCAAACCUUAACAUCACAGCAGAUUAUGGGCCUUUUGUGACAGCAUGUUGGAGCUGUCCCACUGCAGGCGGGACUGUACGGCUGCGAGCGGGAAGGGGAUGGCAUGUGAGCAUUCCCACCGCCUUUGUUCCCGUGUUUUUCCCAAAGGGAUCAAAGGCGGCAUGCUUCACCAGGGCUACUCCUCGGUGCUGGGCCGAGAAAUGUUCACAUCCCAUGUUAGUAGAAAAAGAAAAUUAAUCUCCGUAUAAUUCACGAGAGAAGGGUGCUCCGAAACACAUGCAACCUGCUUGCCGUGAUAAACUCCGGCACCUGUUACGAAGGCUCUGAAAUAAACGGGCUCAAACGAAGGAGCACACUUCGUUUUGUGUUGUGCAUGGCAAUAUUGGUGUUUCAGGCCACGGCGUGAAGCAGGAUCGGACCUGCAGCAAGGGCGUUCUUGGUUCCCAUCGCUCUGUGCAGGGGGAAUAAGAGACAACGCUGAAGGCGUGUUCUGGAAUCGGGCUGGGGGAGGCUUUGGGAUUGAUUGUGCUGUGCUGAGAGCAGGCCAACUCCAUUUCUUCCUUUUUGCUGGUUCCUUAUCUGCUCCAGCUGUAAAUCAGUUUGCGUGAACAUGAGUACCCCAGCACACACACACACGCACGCACGCACGCACGCACACACACACCCCAGAGAUCUGUGGCCUGUACAGUACUUCUCUAAAGCGCGCCCCUAACUGGUCGCUCACCGGCAGGGGGAGGGUGUGGCAGCUCUGGUGUGUUUGAGCAGCGCUGCGCAUUCGGGUUUUCUUCUGUGGCCCAGGUAUCAGGCGCAGAGUGAAAGCCAUGCAGGUGGAAAGUGGCUUCAGGACCCGAGUUCAACUAAAACUUCAACCCACCUGCCAGCUGUAUGUUCCAGAUAUCUGAUGUCCAGUAUCGCUUUUCCAUUGCAUUGAGGGGAACUUACUGCCCGUCACACUUCAUUCUUCAUUGCCCAUGGUACUUCUGGGCUUUACAGCGCAUUACUCUGAUUUGGCCAUGGUAUCCAUGGGCUUUACUGCACUUUACUCUGCAUUGACCAUGAUAUUGCUGGGCUUUACUGCACUUUACUCUGAUUUGUCCUUGAUAUCCGUGGGCUUUGCUGCGCCAAGUGUGGUUUGACCAUGAUUUAACUUUGCUUUGUUACACUUUACUCUGAUUUGACCACAGCAGGCCCAGGCCUCAGCUGGCACCCAGCUGACUGGCAGAGAGUACAGCUCUGUUCCCACAGCAGUGUAGCCUGUGUAAUCACUGUGGACUCUGGUGUGAAGCAAUUAGUCCCGGUCAUGUUUUUUGUUAUCUCUAAUUUGUCCAAGUGGCGUGCCUGCAUUUUUCUGUAAUGUGACUUUCUGAACUGGUAGUGUUAUAAUUAAAAAAAAAAAAUUACAAGUGCUUUUCCUAAACUAUUUUUAUGCUAAUCAGCGGCAAGAGUGGGCUUUGUUUCUUUGUGAGGGCUCUUCUGUGUGUUUGUUUCCCUGCACUGCACAGAGCGCAAGAGAAAAAAAAAAUGCGGAAGUAAGCUGACAGAUAUGCCCCAUUAGGGAGGGCAACAUUCUGAUAGCAACAAUGCAGCGACCCAGGGAGGUUUCAGCAGGACAAAGGGACUUUGUGCAUAUUCAGCGCCCACCUCCGUUCGUGUACAUCCCUGGCUUCUGUGCUCAUGCUUCUCUUUCAUACCCUUGUUGAUUUUCUAUUCACCAGGGGAUGUCAAAGCAGUUUGGGGAUGAAGUGAAUCGGUCAGUUCUCCUGCCCAGCUGUACGCAGACAAACACAAGCAGGCUCGUGAAGUCCAAGAGCUACACACAGACAUGCUACACAUUGCAAUUCCUGGGUUUUUUUUUAGCAUCUCCUAUUGGCUCCUGUUUGAUUUUUAUGUGAGCUGAAAUUAAAUUCCACCACACGCAUGCACACCCAAAACACAUGGGAGAACACACAAUGUGCACACGCACGCACACACCAGAGGAGAGGCAGUCGACACAACAGCCUGGAGACUUCCUUCUUGCUCUCCGUGGGACAGUAACUCUACGAGCUCAUUAUCAUCGUUAGAGGCGGCCUUGAUUUAUGAGGUGAAGGUGCUUGUUUAUGUAUCACCAUGGUUAGGAAGUUAGCACUGCCCCUCCGGCCCUGCCCUGUGUCACAGGUCUGUUUACCACUGAUCCCAGCGUCCCGCAAACACAGGUGUUGCAGCUGGCGAAGUGCUUGGGGAUGAGGUCGGAGUUCAAGCAGUGUGCUGGGUUGUCUGGUGUGCGUCCCAGGAAGUGAGAGCUGAAAAGCCAGGGCUAUAGAACUUCAUGCAAAAAGUAGUAAACGGUGUAUUCAAAUGCACAACCCCCUGCAGUUAAUUUUAAAGUUGAUGUGGCCUGUCGCUUUGGAAGAAAAAAAGGCCUGUGUGUUCUUCUAAUGGAUGACCCAGUGCGUUUUAAAUCGCUUUAGGUUACUUAUAUACAGUAUGAAGACAAAAGCUGGAGCAAAGAUUGUUCAGGGCUGCUGGACCUCAGGGAGCAGCUCAGAGAGGCCGGAUCCUCCUCUUCAGUCAGGUGAAGGUGUGGCUGGUGGAAAGACACACUAGCCCAAAGGAAAGGGUGCUCUGUGUGAACCCCAGGGCCAGCCCUGGGGCAAUAGGGGGCCAAGCCAGGGGAAACUGGAGGAGGGGUAAGAGAGACAAGAGCAGUGUCUUCUAGGGAGCAGCAGGCUUGUCACACCUGUACUCCUGCUGGCCCUGCGGUCACCGGAGUCGGUCUGCGGACCGCAGCCCAGGGAUCUGACUGACGGCCUGCUCCGGCCAGGAGGGGGCGGUCAGACAAAACCGCACGUCUGCCUACAGCAGGACGCCCCCUCGACGAGCUCGGAGGGGAGGGGAGGGGAUGGUGGGGCGCGUGUAUUACUGUCGGGGCCCCGGUAUUCCUGUUUGAAGGGCAGCGGUCGGUCCCGGAGAAAGACCACCUGCUCGUUGGAUCGCUCACUGUAAUAGCCCUGUCUUCCGCCGGACCGGACCUGCUGGGCUCCCGCCGGCUCCUGCUCUUCCAGGCCUGCAGUAGAGCCGGAGAGCCUGGGCAGUGAAGGGUUAAAGGAAAGAAGCGGAGAGCCGAGCGAGCGGGAGGGAGAGAGAGAGAGAGAGAGGUUUCACCUCUGGAGAGGGAGGGGCUGCCAGGGAGGCAGAGAGCGGCCGUGCUUUACAGUUGCCAGAGCAGAUCUGUCCGCCUCCAGGCUCGUCUCACACUUCUCCGGGACUGUGAAUCCGAAGGCACGGCCCGCCACCCCGAGCCGGCUGUCCCAGAAGUGUGCCCAAGGGCUCGGAUCCUUCUCAUGAGCCGCAGCGGCGUGGAGGAGGGGAGGGGAGGGGGGGGCCCUUCCGCACGGCUUUUCGGGCGCCUCUGAAAGGGGUUCUUGAAAGUGGUCAGUUCCUUCUCUUACCUUUUGGGGGCAAGCUGCCCCUCACCACCACCUCCCAUCCGAAAGCAAUUUGGAAAAGCAAGCAAGCCGCCGGACUGCGAGAGCCGGCGCUGGACAGAAUCCUGUGCCACCUGCCAACGGGGAGUUGAGCGGCACGCCGAAGAGGACACAGGUAGGACAGGGUCUCUCCUCUCUCUCUCUUUCUGUCCUUUCCCUCUGGGUUACAGCUUUGCCGUGACCUCUGUGACCCGUCAGCCAGCUGGUGCCUGGCCAACGCCAACCGGCGUCGGGGUCAUUCCAUACCAGCGUUGGCGCGAUGCCGGCCGGUACGGGUUCGACGCCGGCUGGUGUCGGGGUGUCAGAUGCCAGUGUGAGGUUGAUGCUUGUUGGUGUUGGUUUGAUGCCUGCUGGCAUCGGGGUGAUGCUGAUUGGCUGUGGGGGAGAGGCCUGCCAGCUGUGCCAGAGGUGCACCUGCUGGAGUGCGCUGUGUAGCAGCUCUUCUGUGUGCAGGUGACUCUGAGCUCUCUAGGUCAUGAGGAAGGUCCUGGAAUCCAUUCGGGAGGUUUGGCCAGUCUAUGUGGAAUCUUGACCCAGAGGGGGAUCUCUUCAGACAGAACCCCCUCUGUAUCAGAGCCCCGAUCUUUGCUCUCCAUCUGUCCCUGUCUGAAAGCUUUCAUCACGGACACAGAACUCUCCGGCUCUCCAAGUCUGUGCUGUGAUAUUCCAGCCACAGCUCCAUCCUUUUCUCCGGGCUGCCGGCUCUUCUUGCUAUCGAGCCUCGGGACGUUUACCAUCAGCGCCCCUUUCCUCUCUUUCCGUCUCCCCCCUCCCGGCCCUCUCUCAGUUCCCCCCCGUCGGUCGCUGGCACGAUUCAGGCUGUCACACCACCUUGAGGAGCCUUGAGGGGUACUGGACGUAACGGGCACCUCGUCCGGGCGCUCCAUCUCCGUGGAGCGGGGGCUGGGGCUCACCGGCGACGCCGG